AUGGCGAUUGCAGCCAAAGCAGGCACGGAGCAGAGCCUGCUGGAGGAGCUGACCUGCGCCAUCUGCUGCGACCUCUUCACGGAGCCGGUCAUGCUGGAGUGCAUGCACCACUUCUGCAAGGGCUGCAUCCAGGCCCACUGGCAGAGCAGCCAGCACCCGCCCUCCUGCCCCCAGUGCCGCAGGGAGAUCCCCGGCCGCACCUUCCGCACCCCUUACCUGGUAGCGGGGGUGGUGGAGAAGGUGCGGCGCUACGGCCUCCAGGAGCACCGGAGGCAAAUACAGAAACAGCUUGAAGAUGCGCUGCAAGCUCACCAGAGAGAGAUGGAGCGCCGUGUGCGUACGAAGCAUGCGGUGGAGGAGGAUAUCUGCAGCCUGACGAAAGUCUCUGGGGAGCUGCACGCUAAGAUCCAGGCGGAGUUUGAGCAACUUCGUCAGAUCCUGGUGGAAGAGGAGAGAGCGGUGUUGAUGGAGCUGGCCAAAGAGGAGGAGGAGUCGCUGGUGAGGCUGCAAGGGGACAUCUGGCAACUGGAGAAUGGGAUCCUGGAGCUGGAGAGGAACAUGGAGUGCAUACAGCAAACCCUGCAUGAAUUGGGCGAUUUGGCACUGGUGGAGGUGGAGAGCUUGGAGAUCAGGCCCUUGGUGCGUGUAGAGGCCCCACCUUCCUUUGAUGCCGACCGCCUCCGAGACCAGUACAGUGGCCCCCUGCAGUACAUCUUCUGGAGACGGAUGCUGCCAUCCAUCUCCCCUGCUCCUGCCCCACUGACCUUCGACCCCGAGACAGCGCACCCCAACCUGGUGCUGUCUGAAAACCUGAGGGCAGUGACGGAGAGCAGGACCCCCCAGCCCGUCCCCAGCAGCCCCAAGCGCUUCCAGAAGUGUGUAAAUGUGCUGGGGUCUGAGGUCUUCACAGCCGGGAGCCACUACUGGGAGGUGGGGGUGGGCGGCAAGACCAAGUGGGACCUGGGCGUAGCGGCCGAGUCGGUGGACCGGGCGGCCAAGGUGAAGCUGUGCCCUGAGAACGGCUACUGGUCCCUUCGCCUGAGGAACCGCACAGAGUACUGGGCUGCCGCCACGCCCUGGGUGCGCCUCUACCCCCCACGCCACCUGCGCAAAGUGGGGGUGCUGCUGGACUGCCAGGCGGGCACGGUGGCCUUCUACAACGCUGAGGACAUGGCCCACCUUUACACCUUCCACCAGGUUGCCACCCCCAGGCUCUGCCCCUUCUUCAGCACCUGCUUCAGCGAUGGGGGGCGGAACGCAGAGCCCAUGAGGAUCUGCCACCUGGCCCUGUAGGACUCGGGCUGUUCCCUCUUGAGCCAGGGGGAGGGCAGCAUGCGUGGGACUGGGGGCACCGGUGACCGACCGAAGAGCUGCCCAGGUGGGGGCUCGUCCAUGCUGCUGUCGCUGAGACUUUGCCAUGUGUCUGUGUCUUGGAUGCCGCUGGUCCCAAGCCGAGCCCGUGGGGAGGGCAGCAGUAAUCCUGACUGACCCCUGCUCCCCCAUUAGUGCAGGCUGGGCAGUGCUGGGUGCCUGGUAUACCCCGCUGCUCCACCACGUGCCCAGACCCACACAGGCUAGGGAUGGCCCUAGAUCUGCCAAUUUACCCCGAGCCAGCCCCUCCUGCCCAGAGGGCAGAGCUGUUAGCCGCUGGACUAAGGCAGUGGCGUCUUGUUGGCGCCAACAUGCCCCUCAGCUGCAGGGGGAAGACUCAGCCCCUUCCUGCAGCUGCAGAAGCGAAGCAAGGCCGUCGCACCCGCUCCCGGUGCCUGCUCAAGCUGAGUGCAAGGCCUCUUCCACCCUGCCCAGUGCUACCCCCUGCCUCGUGCAAGGUGGGGAGGGGGGGAGCUGUGCUGAGGAAUCUGCAAACUUGCUUCAUGGCAGCACACGGCACCCUCCCCUGGGGCAUAGGGCCUGGUGCUGCUGCCAACCUGCUAGUGGGACCUUCACACCUCAGUUUCCCCAGCUGGAGAUCAGUAGAAGGAAGCAGGCUGGUGCAGUGCUGAGACUCCUGGGGGCUGGCCUCUUUCCAAGUAAAGACUUAAAUGAGCUGUGCUCAUUCAGGGCUUUGGCCUGCACUCCCCUGUGUUGUGUGGAGCCAGGGCAUUUCCAGCCCUGGCUCUGGUGAGUGGGGAGAGGGGCAGGAGCAGCCCUGCAGCAGGAGGUGGAGCGCCCAGCCAGAGAUGUCUAACGCACGAGGCCCCUGGUACAGCAGAGCACAGCCGCCUCUGCUGCACCUGUAUCGCCCACAGACCCGCCUUUGGGCUCCAGCAC